CGUAAGAUUCAGAACGCGACACAUCCUCCAAAUCCUCCGCUAGCUUAGUAUAGUCGGUACUACUCGAUGUCGCAAUCAGAACUCUCCUUCUUUGAACGCGAGCGCGAUAGAAUAUCCUUAGAAAUCACAGCAGGUUUCGAGGACCUUCUCUCAUCCAGCAACGUACUCAAUCGCAAACUCGAAGAAGUAAUAGGCAUGACUCGAGAAUAUGAAACAAUCGCUUCCCUCUGGCAAAGUUUUCAUGAGUUGAUGCGUGGACAACGAGACGAGGUGCUCGAAGAUAGAACGACCGUGCCCGGCACAGGCGCCCACAUCGUGUCUACAAACUCCAAACGAUAGCACCGACUGUAGCUCAAGCGGGAAAGUGAAAUUGUCCGACAGGUGAUAAGAACAAAAAAUAGUCCGAAUCAUACAUCUGCCCAAGAGGCGACCUUCGCAAGUUGUUUAGUGGGGAGUAACGAAGAAACAGGCACUACACUCACCCAUGAGAAUCCACUGAAUUCCUGUUGGUCCUUCGAAGACAACUGCCCGUGAACGGGUGUUAACGUCGGUUGCUCCUUUGUAAAUUCUUCAUCGAAGUUACUGGUGUCCGCACUCCCGUUCUGCGAAUGAAAUCAACGACAAUCCUUUGUAGUUGAAUCAUCAGACUUACUAUAGUGGGGAAAUACGGCGGUG